UCCGAGCAUUCAUUCUACUCUAAUGAGUCAUUCAACAAAACCUCUCAUAAGAUAAGUAGUAUCAAACACGUAGCACUAUCAUUUUCGUUCGACACUACAAAGAUGUCAAUCGCCCAGCAAGGUUCUUUGAAGGAUAUGCCUGUGCCGCCACCAGGCGGCCCAGGCAUGCCUCCUCCGGUUAAACCCUCCAAAGCAGUGUCAUUUGGCGCAGAUAGGCAGGGAACGAAGCCCGUUCCGGAUGGCUUGGGCGUGCUCAAUGCUGACGUUAAGGCUUACUCAUAUUCAUCUACUUGAGAGGCAUCUUUAACGUGCUUCCAAAGGGAAAGAUAAGGCAAAGAUGCACUUCAAGACGAAUAUCGGGAGCCUCUAAUGAUUGGACCUUGUCCAUGGAAGCUUUGGAAAACCGGUUGGGUCAGAUCGACAAUGAAGACGAGCAUAUGGAUAACUUCAAGAAAAUUGUCAGUGCGCAAAAGGAAACGAUCGAUGGAUUGAAAGUGAACAUCGAUGAAGAUCGGUACUGCUGCUUUUCAUAGUAAGUAGGUGGUCAUAGUAACUGCUUUUUCUAGAUGCUCAUAGUAGGUCAUAGUAGGUGGUCAUAGUAAGUAGGUGGUUUGUUGAGAAAAGAGAUGACAAUUGAGAUGCACCUGUAGUACCUAGUACGUUGGUUAUAUUGUUCUUGCUCUUGUAGUUGAUCCACCUGAAGAAUAACGCUUCUGAUCCACCUUGAUAACGCUUCCAAACCAACAUCAAGGUUAAAAAAGCGCACCCGUCAGCAGCAGAGGUUAGAAUUGCUCAAGGAAUAUGGGCAGGCCGAUCUGGAGGAAUCUAUGGCUCCCCAGGUUAUCACCGACCCGGAUGAUCCGCUGUGGAAACCGAAGCUGUCCGCAUGGCAGAGACAGGACAUUCUGCAACAGCGCAAAAUGCGCAAAAAGAAGGAAGACCAAGGCCGGAUUGAUACGAUUGGCAGAGCGAGGUUUCUGGCGGUAAGAAUAAGAUAUAAUUUCUUUAGAUGCUGAAGCUGAAGUAAAUAAACUUUAACUUCAUGCAUUAGGAUUACGCACUGGGUAGCCGCACUUGGUUUCUGCUAGUUGUUUCCAAUGAAUGAGUAAGAAAUAGUCAUUCUCGGACUCUGACCUGCAACUACAUCACUCUGACCCACAUCACUCUGACCCACUUUUCUAGGUCCUCAACGAAGCCAAAGAGGAGAUGUCACGUGCUAUGCCAGGAGAGGCAGGAGCAGAAGGAAGGCCCAAAGGCCAAGCGACAGUUCGCGAGAUGUUGACUGCUGCUCGGACGAGGCAAACACCAGAUACUUAUCAAGCCGUAUUGCAUCAAGCUGAGCGUGAAAUGGACCCGACGAGAAUGACGAUCGAUGCGUCAGGUACGUACUAAGGGUUAUUGUCAGUGCUCACCCUUAUCCAUCUUCAGAGAGUCAUUCCAGGACCCUUUUCCCCUUGAAAGCCUCGCUAGGAUGCUUCCUGAGAUGGAUUAGGGAAAGCCUUAAUAUUGAUAACGAUGAGUCAGUAUGGAGAAGCUUUGUACUUGCUUAUGAGGACUUUUUACGAUGUCUACUAAAGUGCUUGAGAAGCGUCUUUGUAGUAGUCUACUUGUGUGACCCCAUUCUUUUUUUCUCCCGAAAUGAUUGUUAAGUCAGUCUAUCAAACAGUUCCACGUCGUCUCUGAGGUAUCGAUUUGGAUCGUAAAGUGGUUAUUUUGCUUCUCUCACACUAAAAAUCAGGUAUCGAUUUGGAUCGUAAAGUGGUUAUUCCGCGUGACUCGGUGCAAAGGGCUGCAAACGCACAUCGGAGCAAACAACAGGAGAAUGCCCCAUUCGAAAUGGGAGAGAAGGAGUUGGAUAAAUUAUGGAUGAUAGAGUAGCUCACUAGUUGCUUUCUCAGGUCGGAUGAUAGAGUAGCUCACUAGUUGCUUUCCCAGGUCUAUUGCGGGGCUGAAUGAUCAUGUAGUACGGUUCUUGAACAAUUUGACCUCUUGCUUCUAAUUAAAGUAGCCAAGCGGGCCUUGGCUCCAGGACAAAAGAAGAGAGGCAAACGAAUGGUGAAGAAGGCGCCACCUCCUCCACCGCCUGAAGACGCUAACAACCCCGAAGAUGUGGACCCGAAGUGGGGGCGUGUAAUAACGAACGCCGAUGGGACAACGAUUGUGAUGAAGGUAUAGCUCUUACUCCUGCUUUGUUGACAAAUUGGUUAAGUAAUCGUAAGAACAUCACCUUAAGAACCUUCUUCUCCUCUCGUGCGAAGAAACUGAGUCCGAUCGUCUAGAUUACUACGAUGGGACCAGUCGGAUCAAAAUUCGCCUUGAAUUCUUGAUUCUUACAGGUGAAGCAUGAACGUUUGAGUUGUUUCCGAUUAUCCAAGUUGGAGGAACGCAUGAUGGAGGAACGGGAACGCUUCUAUUUGACGCACCUCAUUAGAGGCGUUUCUAAGAUGUCGCGAAGAUUUGAUGAUCUGAUGUCACUUGUCGGGAGGAGGCUGUUAUGAUAACCAUUGAUUGCCCUCGAUUGUCACCUUGAUUAGUAGCUUACAACUUCAUAGUAGAAUGAAGAAAGAACGAUCUCCAGUGCCUCAUCUGCAGUAUAGCUAAAACGUUUUCUAAGUUGAAGAAUCCAUCUUUUCGAGUAGUUCACAUUGAUUUGCCGCACAAAAGAAAUGUACUUAUAUAUACUUGACUCCACGUGACACCUUAUUCAUUACACAUCUUAGUAGCUUGACAAGCUUUAGUUAGUAAUCUCUUGUGCCUCAUAGUUAGAAUACCUUAAUAGAAUACUUCUACUUGUAUUCACCUUUCUAACUUCCAUGGGAAAGCGUCUACCAGCUUCCUCUGGUGCGGCGGACGGCCUGGAUAUGCUUGGAGAUUGUCAAGGCUCUGCGGAUUGGGAGGACGAUGCUAGAGAUGAAGCUCGAAUUGUGGCUGCCUUAAACCGAAUCGCCAAAAGUACGAAGCUGCGAGAAGCACCGAGAACGAUAGGUUUGGUACUGCUUACAUUUUUAUAUUACUAACGUGUAACGUUAUUUACUCGAAAAGUAAAGAUAUUAUGCGAGCAGCGAAGUGAAGUAACAGAGUCACUACGUUGCUCCCUUUUCAGUAUCUCGCUCAUUUUAAGUAGUUACUUGCUUAUUUCAGCUUAUCGAGUUGUUUUUUUUAGGAUGAUGAUUCAUAGUGCAUGGCUCUUUUUCACUGUGUCAUUAACUUCCUUGCAAGAUUUUAGAGAUUGUGAUUCGAAAGGAUCUCCAACUACAAAAUUCUAUGUUGACGCUCUUCAUCAAUGAUACAUUCAAACUCCCACCAGGUUCCCUACCUAAAACCGUUCCAUCGCGAAGAAGCGCACUUUCUUAAAGAAGGUCGUGGAGCGAGGGAGCGGGAGAGGUCAGCUGCGAGGAUCCGAGACGACCGACGUAGCAAGGGCUUUGAGACGCCCUCAACCUCAGAGUCGGAUGAUGGCAGUCAGGCAGCAGAAUCUGAGAUGGCUGAGUUCGAGACGAGGCUUGAAGCCCGUAUCACACAGAUUCGAGGCGUUAUUGUCGGAGCAAGAAACUUGUACAAGGACAUUGUUGUCGGGGAUGGCAUCUCUAUGGCUCCUCGCAUUGGCGAUGUGAAUAGGGAAGUCCCUGUUCCGGAUGGCAUGACCUGGCAACGAGCUGAGAAACUAGCCCGAUCUGCCGAUGCGCGUGCGAAAAGGCGUGGUAGUGUUUUUACUAGUGCCACGGCAAGGGUGUUCAACGGCAUGGAUCCGUUUGAGCGGGAGUAUAAUCCGAACCCAUACGUCGUGAUCAAGGGCAUCGAUGCGGAUACGACGAUCUUCGAGCUGUGUAGGACAGAGCCACUGUUGGAAACUAAAGCGCCUUGCUGGGAUUUGGAUUUCAAUGUGACGAUUCCAGAACACCUGAGUAAAAUUCGCGGUAUCGAAUUUCACGUCUACGACUACAACGACUGGCUGACGGCGCCGGAGCCACUGGGCUUGAUGCCCUGGGAUAAAGGAGAUUAUUCUCUAGGUACAACUUAGGUUGUACUACUAGCCAACGUGGUGGAAUUAUGAAUGAUUAGAUUUUUCUUGGACAUCAACUGGUAAUUAUAUUCACCUUCUAUGACAGAACCUCUUUCUCUACUCUUGAUUGAUGCUUUGCAAUGCAUCCUUUCCACUACAACUCUCAUUCAGGUAAGUGGGUCGUCGAUCUGCACAGUUUGUCGAAUAAUUUGACGCAAUCUGACGCCGAGCUUCGUGGUAUGAAGCACAUGAAUGAGCACAAAGGGCGUCUCAUCUUCCAAGCUGCUAUGGUUAGGCGCAAGAUUCAUUGUCUGAAGCACCGGCUGAACGUAGAAACCGAGUACGAGUACCUCCGACAGCGUAUUACUGGACUCUACGGCAUUCAGAACUUGUAUCAGAUGUGCUUGCCGGAACGCAAGCUGCCGAAGAGCAUUGUAGAAUUAGGUUUUGUCGAGGCGCCAACGCGAGAGGCAGUAGAGGAUACCAUUUUAGAGUGCCAUGGGGAGAAGUCAAAGCGCAGACCCUUUGACAAAAUGGGGGAUGACGAACAAGAAGCGGCAGCUCAACCUCCCCAACUUGAGAUCCCAACCGACAUUCAGCCGCCACCUGGUGCUCCGAAACGGCAUCGAGCAGUGAUUCGUAGAGACAAAAUCAUUGCAGAAGCGCUGGAGAAGAGAAGGUUGCAGUUGGAGGAGGAGUAUCAGCAACGCCUCGCAGCGUAUCAAGCGUACUUGGCGGAAGUAGAGCGAAUGCGCUUGCAGGAAGAAGCCAGUGAACAAGAACGGCUGCGGAAGGAGAAGGAGGAUCGGAGAAGGCGACUAGGAUUAGACGGUGGCCAGGAUGAUACCUUGAUGUCGACUCUGGAGGAAGAGGGAACGGUACUAGACGAUGUCACUGCCCUCUCUGGUACGAAACUCUCAGCUUCUCACGGUGAUGCGAUUGGAGCUUCUACGGUAAGUUCCUUGCUGGUGCCGCCAAGAGUGCCUCAGCGAGUCCAUCAGUCAAGCGAAGGCGGUGAAAGCGAAGGUAGUCCUCUUAGUAGAGUGGAGUCGCCUCAAUCUGGAGAGCGACCUCUUCAAGAUGCGGGACCACCUAGUCCCAAAAAGCUCGAUGAAGAGGAGAUGCCAGGGAUGAACUCUAAGACCAAGGGCAAGUCGAUGGCUGCUGCUAGUGGGAAUCGAUCCAGAGAACCCUCUACAGAAUCCGGUGGCGGUGCUGGUUCUAGCAUAGAUUUGAAGAACCUUGUACGGGAGGGUUCACAUGAAGCCGAAGACCCUGCUGUGGCGGUGGAUCCGAAGACCACUGCUUCUGGAGCUCCAGCAGAGCAAGCUGGAGGUGCAGCCGCGACUACUUCUGCCUCUGCUGGAGACGCUACAAAACAAGUAGCUGAGCACGAUGUUGAUCAAGUUUCACUAGAUAGCAGAGGCUUGCCAAAGAUGCAGAAGGCUCCCACUGGUGGGAUCGGACUAGUCGGCUUUCGGCAUAUUUCCAACAUCGUGAAUGAGCGCGGUGGCGGUGGCCACAAAGCAGACGAAGAGAAGCUCGCUGCCGCUAACGCAUGUUUUGCGCUGAUUGAAACCAAGCAAAAGGAGCGGGAAAACGCGAAGAAGGGGAUUAUAGUUGAGGAGGAUCCAGAGAACCAGGAGGGAGAGGGAGGCACAGCUGUAGGCACAGCUGCAGGUGGAGCGUCGCCUGGUGGUGGUUCUCCGCGUGAGCAGAGUUUAAACGCCACUUUCCGUACGAACGCUACUAUGAUGAAAACGAUCUCUCAGUCUGAACUCCAUGCCGGCGGUCCAAGUCGCAAUACCGGAACUGCUGGCGGUGAGCGGUCUCUCUUUUCUCUAGGACACACACUCAGUUCAGCAGCUUUGAUGAGUUCAAAGCAUGGCACCACCGGGAACAGGGGUCUGCAGCCAUCGCAAUCGAAGAGCUUUCUCGCUCAACAAUCUAGGACUUUGAGUUCGGCAGGCGUAGUAGAAAGCGACGCAGGGAAAAUCAAAGGCAUGAGCAGUAGUUCUAGUAGCUCUGGGCAAAAAGGCUCUUCUAGUUCUGGUAAUAAGGACUCGGACGAGAGCGACAAGCGGUCACUGCUAUCGAGCAUUGCUAGUUCGUUCACCAAGAAGAAGGUGGAAGAAAAGAAGUCGGACGAUCUACCAGGUUUAAAGGAGUCUUUGCAAUUAGAUGCUCUCACCAGUCGCAUCCAUCGCGAACGGAGACAAGCUAAAAAACGCAUUUACGGCGACACCUCUUUGCCUGCUUUUACGGUGGUUGUUUUUGGCGUGUUUUCGAAUGGUGAAGAACGAGAAUUGCAUAGGUUUCCUCUCGUCACCAGCUACAACACUUUCGGUAUGUGCCCGGUCGACAUGCUUGUCGGCGACUCCACCUUACUUGGUCCCAACGGCGCUACUAGUAACAAGAUCAAGUACGCUUUGCGGUUGCCCACUACGAGACCACCACCGACCGAGAUAGAGAUGGACUUGGUCAAUACUCUAAAAGAGAUUCGUGCUAAGCGGCAACCGAACUCACCGGCUAAUAAGAUUUUCGCGGAUCAGUUAAACCGCUGCAAGCCCGUGGUUGGCGUGAAAGGGUUUGAACCAUUAGAUUCCGGUAUGAAGAACGUGACUCAAGGCCGCUCUUUGGGUGGUAUCUACGGUUUUCAUCCCUUGGCGGAGUCUUUUGUGAUAUCAGUGCCAGGCUUGAAAGGCGGAAACGACGAAGAAUUUAAGAAAAAGUUCGAAGAGGCGCAGCAAAGGAUGCUGCAGGCAAAUACGACACGCAUGGAUAAGGAGAAAUCGUCUUUGAAAAAGGACCCAAGACAGGAAGCGAGAGAUGCUGUUGCUGCUGCGUACUUUUUUUUUUUUAGUCAUGAUUAACAUUGUAGAUUUUUUUACAGUUUCUUGUUUCUGAUUAUCGAAUCUUGGCUAGCUCGAAAACUAACAAACAUCCGAUGAAUGUAUACUCACCUUCAUCCAGUCUAAUCGUUUGUAAUCCUUUGAAUUUUCUACCCUACCCUCACCUCAGUGCCAGUAGUGAGAACGACGGCGGAUCGCCGGCUGAGAGUUCUCGUGCCGAAAAAGAGGCGCGCAAACGUAAGCGCAUUCGCGUGAAGGAAAGGCUGAGGGCUCAGGCGGCGAAGGAAGCAGGUGAAAACAGUCCAGGCGGUUUCUCAAAAGAUUUCUCGGAAGCACCAACCAGUCCAUCGAAUAAGAGCCAGAGUGGCGAAGAUGAGAACGAGGAGAAAGAAGGCGACAAAUCCGAAGGCGGAGAGCAGCUUGGCGCAACAAUCAGUGCUACUGGCGAAGUGAUUUUCUCUGGCGACAAGAGCAAGGAUGCUGAUGAAGAUGAAGACUACAAGACCUUGCUAUUCUCUGACCACGGAUUAUCCACGAAAGUGGAAAAAGCGUUGAACAAGGUGGACGAAGACUUGCAUAGUUUUGUCAAUCCUAGGUGGACCUAUGACUUCAACAGGGAUAACCCCUUUGCUCGUCAAAACUCGACUUACGGCUUCCCCCAAUCCAUCUUCGGAAGCAUCCGGAAGCUGUCCCAUUUAAGGGGAAAAUAAAAGCAUCAGGAUGCAUCUCAAGAUGGAUAAGGCUGAGCUCUAAUCAACUCUAUUGGCAGAGCGCACCUACGCUCGUAAGAAUCAGAUGGGGGAGGGAAUGGUGGAGGGGUUGCUGAACGAACCAACUACGGAUUUGCUCUAUUUGCGCUUCAGAGUGUUUGAGCCAUCUACAGAGUUAAUGGAGCAGAUGCCAUUGGUAACGGCAGCAGCGGAACGGCGAAAAGACCGAAGAAAACGAGAGUUGGAUACUUAUGAAGUAGACAGUCGAUUCUAUUCAGUAGAGAAGCUUCUUCAGUAGAUUUAGAACUGGAUAGUAGAGAAUCUCUCAAGGUCAUCUUCCCAACAAGAAACAGGGAACAUGUUGAGGUCAUGUACUAUAUGAAUCAGUAGCUAGAGGUCAUUGAUGACUUUCGAAACUGGAAUCAAGUCAAAUAAAGUAAGCCCUCGUCUUCUAACAGCCUUUUCCGCUCUUCCCCGAACACAUGCCUUACGAUUUGCAGAAACGUGCUGUUGAAAACAAGUCCGUGUACAUGCACUUUCGCGGUGGUCAUAAACGUUUAGACGGCCUUUUUGCAAAAGAGGAGAUGAUGGCGUUGGUCGCAGAAAGGAAAAGGCUGCAGGAAGAAGCCGAAGCACGCGAUUGGAAGGCUCAGCUGCGAAUGAACCAGGUGAAAGCGAAGCAUUCCUCUUCCGUUAGCAAGGCGGCAGGUCGCUGGAUGCGUCGCGCCGAAAACGCAGGGGGGCUGCAGGACAGGAAGAAGAAACUGGAGGAGGAAGCCGAACGACUGAGGGAUGAAGUUACGGGUAACUACGCCAACCCAUCUCCAAUAGAGCACCUUUUGGCCAGUUUCUACUCGAAAACUCUUUAGCUAAGAGAUGUUUCUUCUAUAAAAACAUGGGUACUUCUUCUUGUGAAGUCGUGUCUCUAACGAGGAGGAGGAAGACGAGGAAGAUACACUAGUAGGUAAUAGACACGACGAGGGGGACGAGGACUUGAGCGACUCUGCGUUAGAUGUGGGGCUUGAAGACAUAGGAGGUCGGUCACGCGAGGUUUCGCGCAUGCUUCGUAGGGCUGAAGAGGCGCGCCGAAAAGCAGAGGGACAGAAAAAAUCCAACGUUAUGGUCAGCUUUUAUCCGUCUUUCUCGGCAUCUUGGCUCCCUUUUGCCUUGUAUUCCCAUGAAAUACAACAAGGGGAAAGGGGUCGAGAUGAGGGGACCAAGAUGGGCGAAAGCUGAGUCUAAUAGAGAGGAGGCUCUGCUGAACCAGCGAAAGGGGCCACCGCAAAAACAACAGGCUGGUAGAUCUGAUGAGGAGGAAGAUGCCUAUUGGAGUGUAGAGAUGUCGAAGCGGUUGGCUGAAGGUUCACCGAAGAACAACAUAGGAUCAGCGCCAACGUUGCGGAUCGAUGCGCAAAUGGCUCUAGACGCGGCUGAGUUUUCUAGUUCUGCAGCGGACACGGAGAGUGUAAUGAGCGGCGAUUCUUCUAUCACGGGGGGUCGCGGUGGUGCACCGGCAAAGGCCUUUCCAGGACUGAGCACUAUCAAAGAAGGAAGGCACAAAUCCUCGGAGGAAGUAGAAGUUGGAGGAGAGUUGGUAGACGUAAAGGCAGUGAUGGAGGAGGAAGAAGAAGCGGCAAUAGAUCAAGGUGAUGAUAUCACUGCUUCCUCGUCUCGUUGUCCUUCUAAAAGCAAUACUUCUCCUGACACCUCUCCUUCGAAAAAUGACCCUUCUACGACUUCGGCGACUACCAUCAAAGCCCCUGCGGUUUCGACUGGUCGCUUUGGCCUUGCUUCCAAGGUUGGUUCAUUUUUGAAAAAGCAUGUCGUGAAACCCGUGAAAAAGAAGAUCGUGCAGCAUCAGGAAAAUGUUAGAACUGGAACAGAAGUAUCUUCCAGUACCACGACUAGCAGUGGCAAGCGACAGCCGUUGAAGAUGUUCUAUAGUGAGGAAGCACUGAGAAGAUUCCCCGGGCUUCGCGUUGAUAUUACCCGUGGUAGCAAGCAGCCUGACACAUCAUCGUCGGCGAGGGUAGAAGAAGGCAGCGAAAACAAAACUGCUAAGCAUGCGAGUGUAGCAUGUCAUGAAGACGCAGAAGAAGCUUCAGACACGGACCCGGAACAAGUUCAUAUAGACCAUCAUCCUUCUUUUGCUUCUGCCACUAGAAUUAGCCCACCUCCUCUGGCGGAACCUCAACACACUUUUUCUUCCUCAGAGGCUGACGACGUCUGGAGCCUCAAGAGUGGCAGUAGUGCUAGAGGCGAAGCUGCUCCAACAGAAUUCCUUCACGAGAUUCUGUCAGAUCUGAUCUCGGAAUCUUCGACUCGUAGCCCUCUCAAAGGACACGAAGAAGAGGAGAUCGUGCUGUUGGAGUCGGAACACAGGAGACCCUACAUUUGGAGUAGGAAAACAGAGGAUUUUGCGCCAAUUGACUUGGUGGAAGAACCUGGCACUUCUGGUAUUGGACGAGCAGUUGGAUCAUCUGGAUCAUCAUCAUUUUCCAGUUGUCCAAACAUGAUGAGCAAUGCGAAGAGCCAACCGAGCAUGUUUAGUCUGAAGAUUGAUGGUGGAGCCGGGACUUGCUCAGUUGGAUCCUCCUCCAACACAACUGGUACAAAUUUGCGACACAUGACUCUCGAAGAAAAGGAGCUUUUGAACAAUAGAAGAAGUAGAGGAAGCUCCAUGAUGAGUAAUAUGCAAAUUGGCGGUAGCAGUGGUUCUACAGGUCCUAUGAAACGACCUAGAAUAUCCAUCUUCGACGACCCUGAAGAUGACGAAAAGAAGGAUCCGAGACGUGAAAUUUCGGGUUUCUCAGCUACGCGUACGAGUGACUGGCGCGCCAGUAGGGCGGCAUAUCGCAAGCGCAUAAAGUAUUUGCCACCUCCGCGAAAAAACAAGAUGGGUCCAAUCCAAGAAGAAGGAGCUUCAGAUCUAGAGUGGACACCACCUGUGUCGCCUAAGAGGAGGCGAAGAACUUCUGGUUCUGGUACGCAAGGGGAUGACACUAGAAGUAGAAGAACAGCGCAUAGAAGAAGUACUUCUAGUAGUGCUGAUGCGCCUGUACAAUCUUCAGGCGGAACAAGCCGACAGGUUCUAAUGGAAACGCCACCGCUACGAAAAAAGAGCACUCCUCUGGUGGCGCCCCAUAGACAAGAAGUUGAGCAAGAGCCUGUACGAGAAGGAUUACACUCCAUGGCCGAGGAGGACAGUGCAGACCAGAAAAAGUUGAAGGACAAGACGAAGAUGGAAAACCCAGAUGAUAACUUGGCGCCUCUGAAAGUGUUCGGACCACCACCCUUUGUCACUGACGGGGACGUUCCGAUGUUAAGGCUACCGCUGAAGCAUCCUCAGCGUCAACUUCCUUGGCCCUUUUACUACUGAGUUGAAAAACGUUCACCAAGGAUAUGACACUCAAGGAAGAUGCCAGCGCGGUAGCUCUAACGAUGGGCGGCCGUGAUGAUAAGCGCUUAGUGCAUGGUGGUCGAACGAAGAUGCAAGACGAAUACGAGCACGAUGAGGACAUGGAUCACGAGCCAUUUCCAGCCGGAUCGAUGGUGAGAGUGCCGCAUACUCCGAUGCCUCAGCCUGACAGGCACUUGCCAGAAGAGGUGUUGCAGGCGCGGAAGUUGCUGUUGCCGCAGAUCAGCGAGGAUACUAGGGAGAUAGAAAGGGACAAGCUGUUAAACUGGCAACGGCAGCGGUACGAGUACCGCACGAAAACGGGGACAGCAGUUUCUCUACAGAUCCCAGAGGAUUUGGUAACAGAGGGCUUUGCGGCCGAAGACUGGCGUAAAAAGUCAGCGCGACUCUAUGGUCCGCCGGAGCAGGACAAUGACCGAGACGGGGAGAAGGCAUUUCGAGACUUGAUCGAGCAGGAGGACAGAGAAAAGUCCGAGAUGUUGAAUUCAGUUUGGGGCGCUUAUCGAGCCACGGAUUCCUCCGACGACGAUGCCGAAAUCAUGGACGCUUUCCGGGUCGAGGGUGUCGGUCAACUACUCGCUGAAGGCGUCUAUUUCCUCAACAGUGCUUCGCUCCAUGAGCCGGCGACCAUUGAGGUCGCCUUGUUCCCGAGUCAGGCGGUUGCGGAAUCCAUUGAGCGCGAGUCAAUGCGCGCUUUAGGCGGUGCGGCGGGUGAAGGUACAACAACAACAACAACGGCGACUGGCGCUACUAAUUAUACCAACGCGGGAACUGGAGGCAGUGGGAGAGACAACAAAAGCACCAAUAGCAACGCUGCCAAUUUGAGCAAGAAGAAACGAAUUGCGCUCGCUCGUGCUCGCUCCGUUGCUUUUGGAGGUCAGCGGUCUAUUGCGCGUAUGACAUUGAAGCAGAAGAUUCGACGAGUGGUCAAAUUUCCCAUCGAUUAUGGCCGUGAGGCCCGUGAGCGAGAUGCGGGACUGGCUAAGGCGAGAACAAGACGCGAAAUCGCGCGCAUCGAACAAGUGUUUGUUAUGGCUUCCCCGCAGUAUUCGUCUUAAGACCCCGCAUCUUUGCCGUGUUUUCAAGGGUAAAAUGGUCAAGGGUGCGCUUCAAGAUGAAUAGGGGUAAGGUCUAAGGUUGGCACUACUCUGCCGGGUGAAGGCGCUUUGAGGGCCUUCCAGGAAAAGAUGCAAGCGAAAACGAAGUCUUUUGAGGGCCGUUCGGACGCCACAGGGAAGAAAAAAGAGAUGUUCCCAGUACGCUGGAGCAUGGCGACAAUGAAAAGCACUAGGAUGCUUCUCUUCUUUCAUUAUGGGCGGCUUUUCUUCAUCUCACUCAGCAUCUUGGCACCCUUUUCCCCUGUAUUCCCACAUGAAGUGCAAUGGCAUCAUGGGACGUAUAAUCAAGGUGAGGGGACCCCCGAGAUUAAAAAUUCUAGCACACUCUUCUAAAGUCCGUUAGAGAUUGCGGGGCGCCGCUACCUGCAGGAAGAAGACAUCACACGGUAUGUUAGGUCACGAGAUUUUGCGCGCAAAGUCGAACAGACGAAUCGUUUACGACGGAUGGCAAAGCUCAAGGAGAGUGGCCCGAGCGCGCCAAAAACCAACGAGGACGAAGAAAACCAACUAGAAUUAAGGGUAGGUUAAAGGUGCUUUUCUUACCGCUUUUUAUGACUCUCCCAAGGGAGAAAGGCAUAAAAAGCGGGGGAACCCGCGAGCACCAAAAACGUACCUCUAAUAGAAGCUGCAAAUGCUGCAGAGGGCGCUAUGGACACCACCAAGGCAGCAAAGGGGGAGGACGAGGAACUGGGUUAAGGCUCAUAACGAUUCCUCUCCAGAACCAGAACCUUCUUCUUAAUGAACCUUCUUGUCUCAGUUUCCUACUUGGAUUCUACUUAGACUAUAAAGGUAGAAUUUGAAUUAUUAUGAGCUCUAAGGAGAGCCCGAAGUGGAGUAUCGACCAGUGACGGAAAUUACGCAGGUCUACGGAAUGAUCGUGAAAUGCAGCAAUGUCGCGACUGACGCUCGUGGCAUCAUGGACACGGCAGAGUGCGAAGAGUUCUACAGAGCGCAACAAGGACAGCUGCUGCAGAGCACCUUAAGGCUUUCGCUUAUCCAUCUUCCGGAGCAUCUGGGUAGCUUAUGGAACAAAAGCACCAAGAGGAUGUUUGCUAAGAUGGAUAUAAUGGGGAACGUCUAAGCACUAGGCGCAACGGAAAGCCCUAUGAUCCGGAAAAAUUGGAAUCCGAGGUAUUGGCGAAAUUGAAAAACCGUAGCUCUCUGUGGACCGGUGUGGGCGACAGCUUGUUCCGGAAGCAUCGUAGUAUGUUUCGGCGAACGAGAAAGACGACCAAGGUGAGCUCGACGGGUGCCGAGACGGUGCGCGAGCAUCCCGUGAUGCCACCAAUGACCAAAAAAAUGCAGUGUGCCCAUCUCUAUAUUGUUGCGACGGUUCUAGAUGAACAGAACAGACCCUGGAGGAAGAGCGUAGUUACGCGCGUGAACGGUUCCUGCAGUGCGAAUGGCUUGGGGCAGAUGCCGUUCUUCAACUCAGAUUUCAUGUUUGCUUUUGGUGGCGAAGAACGCGGGGAAUUUGGUGUUCCAGAGAAACUAGAGUUUUCUCUCUACCAAAAGGCCGAUAUGCGAUUGACGGAGGAGGAAAUCGCUGAACAGCACCGACGCCGCAUGGAUAAGAUCGAGAUUGAGAAGGACGACUUUUUGUUACAGUUAAGGCUUCAUCUGGAAAUCCAUCUUCUGGGAAUCGAUCCAUCUUCUUCAAGAAGAAAAGAGGACCUACGUACAGGAUGCUUCUCAAGAUAGAUUGGAUUUUUUUUAGGGUAAGUUCUAAUACAGGGCGCGGGGGAAAGUACGGAGAUCGGCGAUCAGGAGUCACCUCGUGAAGACCCGUUGCAGGAUACAAGCCAAAUGAUGCAGGAGGGAGGUCACAGUAGUCCGCGAGGAGGCGGUACGAGACAUCAUCGAUCAAGAAGUAAAAUCCUAGAACGAGCAGCAGGUCAGGAUGGUAGUAGGAUGGAAUAUCGCGGAGGCGCUGAGGGUCAGCAGCGUAGUCGACCAGAAUCUAAACGGUCCUCUUCGUCUUCUUCUGCCGCUAGUGGAGCUUUUCUCCCAGUCUCAGCUGUGAACAGCCGCACAGUGAGCAAGGAUCUGAGCAAUGCGAGCCGAGCGGCCAAUAUGCGAAGUAAUUUUAGCUAUGGGAGUUUCAACAGAUGGGGAGGAGGAAAUUCUUCGCAGAAUUCGCUGUACCACCAGCACGAUUCCUACAACCAACGAACCGGAGAGAGAGACGUGAACUCGAUGCGAGGCGCCAGCCGUGUAGUAGAGACUAACAGCUUGAUCGGUCCACACUCUCUAGCCGCUCAGAACACAGUCAAGCUGGCAAACUUCCCUGGUGGCGGUGAGGGACGGCGCGUGCGCGGUGACGUGCAGUACCAACCACCGCAAGGAGGGUCCAGUGGAAAAGACCAGGCUACUUCUAGCGGCAAGGCUGCUCUCAAUGCUAGCGAGGCAGCAGCCGACGAAUUGGCUGAGAGAAAGUUGGGCGGUCUGCGAAAGACUCAUCGCACGCGGAACGAAGAAAGGCUCGCGCAGUACGGACGACUCGGGAAGAAAGUGCGGUUGCCGAAACGACCACGUGAUCGGAAAAAGUUUUGGGGUUCUAAGUACGGAAGUCGUGUUCUCAGCGAGGCUGGCAGCUUGAAUCGGAGUCGAGGUUUCGCCUCUGCUGAAGACUACUACGUCGAAGACGACUCCACAGUUUUUGGCAGUAUCCUGGGUAAUCGACGAGGAGGUGAAAAGCGAUCGCGCUUGAUGAAUUCUAGUCGAGAUUUCGGAAGCUCCACAGGAGCUUUUAGCGGCAUACUGCCAACCAGUCACAACACCAGCAAAAUGCUCUACACUCAACCUAGCAGAGACUUCUCGAACUACCAGCAAGACGUUAGCAAAGUUUUUCUAGCAGCUGAGCAGAGAUCUGUGGGUGAUCACUACAGCACUGUGGGAAGUGAGGCAGUGCCGAUGCUAAGAGGCGACGACGGCGAUGAUACAUGGUUAAGGGUUACCACAUUGCAUUCUUCACCACCAUCCUUGGCUUUUUUUCCAGUAGGAAAAGGGUCACGGAUGAUCUGAAGAAUGCAAUGUCGCAACCUCUAACAUGGGAAGAGUCCAUUGUCAGCGGAUCAGAACAGAUCGGUGGAAGCGCCAGUUCUAGUGCUGACGCAGCGGAGGCUAGAGACCGCAAAUCUGAAUGGUACUUCCCGGGAAAGAAGAAUCAGACAGAACGAGGGCCGUUUGCUGCUGGAGGUGGAGGUGUAGAAGAUGAACAUGGACGAGGAGCAAGGGCGAAUGAACGUCGUGGACCUCCACGGUUUCAUCACUCUCGUGCGGAAUCCCAAUCCUCCUCCUCUCCAUCAAAACAGCGAGGGGAGGCAAUUCCAAAGUCUCUAGAGGAUCGUUUGAGAGAGGCGUCAGAAGCUAUGAACUCCUAUGACGACACCGUUUCAGACGCUCUAGGUUACACCAUGGAGAACGUGGAUUAUGAAGUGGACAACGAUAGUGUGCCUGGUGGAGUGAAGAGUAGUAGCAAGAGGAAGGAUCGCAAGGUGCAGAACUUCACGGAGAGAGCGAAGUACAGCUUGUCGAUGGACGACGACGACGACGAGCUCGGCGACGACGAACUGGAGCAGCUAGAAGCGUAUCUGAGGAAUCGAGAGCAGGAGUCAGGCAGUGACGCAGAGUUGAUUUUGCCUGCUUUUAAGGUUCGCCAGUAAUUCAGUCGUUCGCACUACAGGUCAGCUAUUUUGCUCUGGAAUACUGAGAAAAGACGCGGUUGCGUCUUGUGUCUUCUCUUCUGAGGGCGCAGAGCAUCGCAUAGCCUAGCUGCUGGUAUGCUAGCCAGUGAUAGACUUCAUGGAAUGGAAAAAUGGCCUAAGAAAUGAAUUGUUUCGAGCUCAUCUAAUUCUUCUGCGGCAGAUGCGAGUUUGGAUGGCGCGAAGUCGCUGACGAGAGGUGCUAGAAUACCGCCAUACGUGAGUGGGGACACCGACGAAGACGCGGUGAGCGAGGGAAGCAGUCUAGGGGCUAACGCCAACACGAGGUCAUCUGCUCCAGAGUGGAGCACGAGUAGAUCGCUGGAAGCUGGUGAUAGCCGGAGUGUAGCUGGAGUUCCACGAAAACAUACCACCAGAGCAAAUUUAGUGUUGAACAAUAGGGCUACAAGAGAUCGUCGCAACGACAAUCAAACUCCACAAGAUCAUCUCACAGCGGCACAACAGCAGCAACGCAGUGAGCGACGACAGCGCAACGAGCACAUGAACAGCAGUUUCCACAAUAGUAGAGGAUUUCAACAGCAGAAGCAGUUGCCAGACGUCGAUGAGGAUGGGCCGAGUCUGUUCGAAGAGGAGCAAGGCAGCUUUCAUCAUGCUUUCAAUCAAGGAGAGCCUAGUGUGCUGCAACAGCCGAGCACCUUGCACGGAACAGUGCAUGAGUCGUCCUUUCAAGGGUCAAACAAGGAGAACACGGAGAUGUUUGAGGAGGAUCAGCUGCUUCCUGGCUCUCAGUCUCUGGAAAUUAUGCAGGAGUGGGAACAGGUGAAAACAGUCGGCAGCUCAUGGUUGAAAAUGCCGAAGUUUUUGAAGAAUCUCCAUUUCCGGAAGAAGGGUAGCGCGAAGAGCAAGCUAGUGCAGAUGUCCUCAAAACAACAGGCAGAGAGGCGCUUGAUGGAGCGUCAUCACAAUGCACGCUUCGAACGCAAAGUCGGCGAAGCAUUGAGAGAAGGAAAAGCAAUAUCGGCUGUGGUCAACACUACUGCUACUGCUCCUAACGGUAAUGGAGGAGGUCUAGUCGAUGGCUACAACAUCAAUCCUCUUGAUUCUAGUACUGCCGAAGGCGAACAAAAUCGUGGUGUUUCUCGGGAGGGAACCUCUAGUCGUCCGGGUACUGGGGAUAUCCCGGAUUCCUACCAAGAUUUCCGUAGUGGGUUUGGGAAGGCACAGAUCAAUGUUUUCAACAAUCCUAGUUUUCAACAAUCCAAGAAAUCAUCGGGUCUACUAGGAUCUGUCGACACCAGCGGUCUCCCUCUCGGAUUGCAACCCGUCGACCCGUUUGGAACCACCUCUUCUUCGCAAGGUAGUACCAUGAGUCGUGUGCCGACCAAAUAUUUAGUGCCGCCUCCGAUGCAGAGUCGUCGUGUCGCUGGUCAAGAUUCAGCGAACACUACUGGAGGCAGCUCUGCCAAUCUGAAUGCUAGAGGAGGAGGUAACGGUGUGGUGCAUAGGCAAGCACAGGAGCUACGUCGCAUGACAUCCGCGAUCAUAGAUUCCCCACAAAAAUCGGAAAAGAACCCAUUUCAGAGUAGAAGAGCAGAAUUGCGAAAACGCAGACAAAAAGCUAGGGGCAAGAUCCUUGUCGAAGGCGAACAUUUAGCUGCGGCGCCGCCUCCCAAGAGACGGAAAAGGCGUGUUCGCUUUGAAGAUGAAGUUGGCAAUAGUGAAGAGAUAGAGUCUGACUAUCAGGAUGCAGAUGCUAGAUGUGAAGCACUAGAGGACGGGGAAGAGGAAGAACAAGAAGACGUAGUAGUAUCUUCGAUGUUGACAUCAACAUCUUCAACCAAGAAGAAGAAAAAAGUGAGGCCAGACUUCCGUUCGCGCACUUUGUCCUACUUCCAUCUCCGUUCGUUGCGAUCCUACAGAAUGGUGACACCUUCUACGGUCAAAGAGCCUGCUAGAAGGAGACUUCCUAAGAACUUGAAUGUGAAAUUUGCUGAAGAUCGUCUACUUCAUCCUGGAGGUACUAGAACUACACCUCCGAGAGCGUCUUCUCCUAAGAGUAGGAACAACAAGAGGGUCCUCGAGGGUUCGCACUUCUAUGAAUCGCCGGACAAGAUCGCUUAUUGUUCUUCAGAGGGUGAGCACGCUGCUGCACCAAAGGCUGCUGAAAAGAAGAAAGCGCGUCAGGGUGCGGGCAUGACGAUGGCUGUGAACGGAGUGGAGCAACUCGACGAUGAUCUCAAGGCGCUUCUCGGCAAUGAGGACAGCAGUAAUUAA